CGGACCGCGCUCUCCGCCCGCAGACUCCGCGCCUGAAUUGUGCGCGCUGGGGACUCGCUUGCCGCCCGCGCACCCGACUCGCCGGGGCGCAGCGGGAGCCCGUGCGGGGCAAGCGGCCGUCCAUGCGGCGGCGCUCGGGAAGCACGCGGAGCUGAGGAGGCUGACGCUCCGGACUAGCUCCAGGAGUUGAAGAUCACUUGAACCUGCAGAAAACGGGGGACCCCUCUGAGGAACCCUUGCCUUAGCCUGGACCUGCAGCAUCAUGGUUUCCCAUUUCACAAGCUGUCUCAGUGCGCUGGCCUCUCUCCUGCUGCUUGGUUCUCAGCUUGUUUGCCCACAGUCCUCUACUGAACACAGAAAGGUCCCACAACGGAUGGCUGUGGCAGAGGGAACCCCAGAGGACAGUGGUGGUGGCUCUCCAGGAGUUUGGGGCUCUUGGGGCCCCUGGUCUGCCUGUUCCCGCAGCUGCAGUGGCGGUGUGAUGGAGCAGACGCGUCCCUGCUUGCCCAGCAACUACCGCAGUCGUGGAGGUUCGCGACCUGGUGGCCCUACGCUGUCCUUCACUGGCCAUGUCGUGUCAGCCGUACGCACCUCAGUACCACUGCAUCGAAAUCGUGAGGAGCAACGUGCCCAGGCUGGCCCCGAUGCCAGCCGCCCAGGCCCCACAGUGGUGCGAGGCAGCCGCCACCCACAGGCCCGGGUCCGAGAAUCCUCAGAGAGAAGGAGCAGGACCCGAGGUCCCAUCGGCCCUGGCAAGUACGGUUAUGGGAAGGCUCCCUACAUCUUACCACUGCAGACAGAUACCACGCAUACUCCGCAGAGGCUUCGGAGACAAAGACCUUCAUCCCGACAUUCCAGAUCCCAGGAGGCUUCUACUUCUAGGCAGGGAUACAGGCCACCAGCCCACCAGUUCUCCCACAGUGGACCUCUCUACCAAAGUGAAAGCGGCCCUCGUUCUGGACUGCCGGCUUCUGAGGCCUCUAUCUAUCAGCUGCCUUUGACUCAUGAGCAAAGCUAUCCUGCAGCUCCGGGUCUCUACCACAGUCCGGAAAUGAGCAGCAACGGCGGUCCCAGGCCCCAGGGCUCAGCUCAGGCCUUUCCCCAGCAUCUGCGGUCUACAGCCAUCUCGUGCAUUGGGGCCUAUCGGCAGUACAAACUGUGCAACACCGACGCGUGUCCGGAAAGUGGUAGAAGUAUCCGGGAGGUCCAGUGUGCAUCCUACAACAACAAGCCAUUCAUGGGCCGGUUUUAUGAAUGGGAACCAUUUGCAGAAGUAAAGGGCAAUCGCAAGUGUGAGUUGAACUGCCAAGCAACCGGCUACCGCUUCUACGUGCGACAAGCUGAGAAGGUCAUUGAUGGCACCCCCUGUGAUCAGAAUGGCACAGCCAUCUGUGUCUCGGGACAGUGCAAGGGCUGA